CGCCGAGCCACCGAUAGGGAAGCGCAGGCGCUCGGCACUCCGUUCGAGCGGAAGGCUCUAGGGGGCGUAGUCGAGAGAGUGGCGAGCGCUGGGAUUCCUCAGGCGCGCAGGCCCGUAGCUACUUGCUUUCGGUUUCUCCCCGGGCCGACCGAGGCUUGCGGUCCUCUCGCCAUGAAGCUGCGCGUGCGGAUUCAGAAGCGGACCCAGCCGCUCGAGGUGCCGGAGUCGGAGCCGACGCUCGGGCAGCUGCGCGCGCACCUCAGCCAGGUCCUGCUACCUGCGUUGGGGUUCAGUUCUGAUACCCGAUUUGCGAUUACAUUGAACAACAAGGAUGCCCUCACUGGAGAUGAAGAGACCUUGGCUUCAUAUGGGAUUGUUUCUGGGGACUUGAUAUGUUUGGUUCUUGAAGAUGACAUGCCGGCACCUAACUUACCUUCAUCUACAGAUUCAGAGCGUUCCUCACUCCAGGAUGAUGACCAGCCUUCUCUGGCUGCCACUGCAAGUCAGGCUAAUAUCCCAGAUGAACAAGCGAGUGAUUCAUUCCAAGGACAGGCCACCCAAUUUGAUCCCUGGACUGAUGACAGUAUGGAAGGGCCUAGUCAAAAUGUUGAAGCUGAGUCAAUUCAGGAUGCCAUGAGUAUGGAAGAGGUUUCUGGUUUCCAUCCAUUGGAACCAAUGCUCUGUAAUGAAACGGAGGAUGGGCAGGUGCCACAUUCUCUAGAGACCCUGUAUCAGUCAGCCGGCUGCUCCAACAUCAGUGAUGCCUUAAUAGUGCUGGUGCAUCUCCUCAUGCUCGAGUCGGGCUACAUACCUCAGGGGACUGAAACCAAAGCAGCGACAAUGCCUGAGAACUGGAAGUCAAGUGGCGUCUACAAGCUGCAGUACACACAUCCUCUCUGCGAGGGCGGCUCUGCCGUGCUUACCUGUGUGCCUUUGGGAAACCUAAUCAUUAUAAAUGCCACAAUAAAAAUCAACGGUGGGAUUAAAAAUGUGAAGUCAGUGCAGCUGCAGCCAGGAUCCUACGUUUGUGGAGUGGAACCAGGGGAAAGUGCCGCCAAAGUGUACAAAGAUCUUAAGAAGCUCUCUCGUCUCUUCAAAGACCAGCUGGUGUACCCUCUUCUGGCUUUCACACGACAAGUACUGAACCUUCCAGAUGUGUUUGGGCUGGUGGUUCUUCCAUUGGAGCUGAAACUACGUGUCUUCCGACUUCUGGAUGUUCAUUCUGUCCUGGCUCUGUCUGCAGUCUGUCAUGACCUCCUCAUUGCAUCAAAUGACCCACUGCUGUGGAGGUGUUUGUAUCUUCGGGAUUUUCGAGACGGUACUGUCAGAAGUCCUGAUACAGAUUGGAAAGAAUUGUAUAGAAAGAAGCACAUACAGAGAAAAGAGGCUCAGAGGAUGCGGCAUGCAGUGUUCCUCCCAUCGGCUCACCCUAUCCCAUUUUGUCCCAUUCCCGUCUACCCCAGAGCCUACCUUCCCACCCCGCUGCUUCCCCCAGGAAUCAUUGGUGGUGAAUAUGAUGAGAGGCCGAUACUGCCUAGUGUUGGGGACCCAGUCACCUCACUCAUCCCAAGGCCUGGGGAGCCUCCUAGCCAGUUCCGCCCACUCAGACCACGUUUUGAUCCUGUUGGCCCACUUCCAGGACCUAAUUGCCUCUUGCCAGAAAGAGCUAUCCCCAACAACAGAUUUCCCUUCAGACCCGGCAGGGGUAGGUCAGCUGACGGCCGGCUGCCAUUCCUGUGAGUGAUUUGGAGACUUAUGGAAACUAUGGGUGCCGCUUCCUUGGAUGCUGAUCUCUGCUGUCAGUGUCUGGUCGGUGGCACCAAGGACAAGGUUGCUCAAAGAGGGGUUAGCUUCGGAAUAGGUGGCUGUUGGUCUCUCCUCUGGAUUCACCUCUGGGAUAGAGAUUGUGGUACUGAUAAUGUUCUUUGUUAUAUUAAUAAAAAUAUGUAUAAAUUGUAUGGCA